UCUUCCUCUUUCCCCGCUCAAUGCGUCACUUCCGAUCCUCCGGUCAGACGGCCGCCAUCUUUCCCCCCCGGUUUCUAAUGGCGAAUAACAGUGCGGCGGCCCUGGCUGGGACCCCGCAGCCCCCUCAGACUGGAGGCGGUGGGAACAAGUGCGCUCCGUCCGGGAAACCCGGUAACGUCUUACCGCUAUGGGGCAACGAAAAGACCAUGAACCUGAACCCCAUGAUCCUGACCAACAUCCUGUCCUCCCCCUACUUCAAGGUGCAGCUGUACGAACUCAAGACCUACCAUGAGGUGGUGGACGAAAUCUACUUCAAGGUAACACAUGUUGAGCCAUGGGAAAAAGGCAGCCGGAAAACUGCUGGGCAGACAGGGAUGUGCGGAGGGGUGCGUGGGGUCGGCACAGGUGGCAUUGUGUCUACUGCAUUUUGCCUUCUGUAUAAGCUCUUCACAUUAAAGUUGACCAGAAAGCAAGUGAUGGGUCUUAUUACACACACAGAUUCCCCUUACAUUAGAGCACUUGGAUUCAUGUACAUAAGAUACACUCAGCCACCAACAGACCUAUGGGACUGGUAUGAAGACUUCCUUGAUGACGAAGAGGACUUGGAUGUGAAGGCAGGCGGAGGCUGUGUAAUGACUAUAGGGGAAAUGUUGCGUUCUUUUCUCACAAAGCUGGAGUGGUUUUCCACAUUGUUUCCAAGAAUUCCAGUACCUGUCCAGAAGCAUAUAGAUCAGCAGAUCAAAACCAAGCCAAGGAAAAUUAAAAAGGAAGGUGCAGAGGAGUCGGAGGAAGUGGAUAGACACACUGAGAGAAGACGGUCCAGGUCUCCAAAAAGAUCAGCUAGCCCCAGAAGAUCACCCAGAAGAUCCAGAAGCAGGAGUCAUCACAGGGAACACCAUGGAACUUCAAGCUUUGACCGAGAAUUGGAAAGAGAGAAGGAGCGUCAGCGUUUGGAAAGAGAAUCCAAAGACAAACGUAGGUCAAGAAGCAAUGAACGAGGGGUGGAACGUAAAAGAAGCAAAAGCAGGGAAAGACCUAGAACAAGGAGUCGAAGCAGAGAUCGUAAAACAGACCGAAAAGAGAGAGAGAAAGAAAAUGAGAGGAGCAGAAAGCGGGACUAUGACCGGAAAGGUAAUGGCAAGGAUGCAGAUAGAACAAGAGAGAGGUCAAGAGAACGCAAAAGAAGUGAGGAGAAAAGGGACAGAGAUGAUAAAAGACACAGAGAUGACAAAGAUUCUCGUAAGGAACGAAGACAUAGUAGAAGCCGAAGUAGAGAUAAGAAGCAGAAGAGCAGUAGAAGUCCAAGCAAAAAUGCGAGUGGGCGAAGUCAUAGCAAAGACAGGUCAAACCGACAUAAGGAGAAAUCCUAUAAGCGCAGCAAAAGCCGAAGUCCAACAGACAGUAUGGAGAAAUCAAGAAAACGUGACCGUAGUUCAAGCAGGGAGAGACCACGAAAACGUAGUAGGAGCAAGGAACGAGGGCAUAAACGCGACCAUGAGAGCAAAGACCAUGAACGUCACAGUUCUGACCUCGAGGAAAAGAAUCGAGGCAAAGAUGAGACUCAGUGACAUUUUGAUUAAGUGGAUCACAUUGAAUCCUUUUUCUUUUGGGCUUUUUUUUUUUUUUUUGACCCAACUUCCCGUUUUAUUUUGUCAAAGUUCUAAACUGUUCUGUAGCACUCUUCUGUAAUUUGUUUAAUUUUUAUUAAUGUUUUUUUUUUUUUUGUUCCUCCCUUUAUUUUUAGACUGUGUAAAAUCUUAAUUCAGUUCACUAUGUAGGGAAGUGCCUUUUGGGAGUCCCUUGUGCAUUGGACAUAACGCUACCUUCCCUGCAUUUGCUGAAUCCCCCAAUGCGCCUGUCGUUGCAUUUUUAUUGGUUCAGUGUUCUUGAACUGUACAGCUUGUACAUGAAAUUCCCUGAUGUUUUAAUUCCAUUUUGGCACAAUAGACCUGCAGGUUCAGUUUGUAAGGGGCAUUAAAUUUGCCACUUCUCUCGUUCUAAUGCUUGUGAGGUUGUGAUUUCCUCCUGACGCAGAGUGCAUGGCUUAGCUGACUUUUUGUUAGGACAGCUAUUUGACUUUUGUGUUUUCUAAAACCGAUAUGAAUGCAGAAUUGAAAUUUGUGUUAUUGUCCAACUGUAAACGAUUUUUUUAAAAAAACAAAAAAAAUUUACAUUUUGAUCUAUUAUGUGAGAUGACUUUCAGUUGCAUUCCUUCACCAAUUCUUUUCUCCCCAACAAAGCUAUCAGGGGAGUGAACAGUGUUUAUGAAAUGGAACAAAAUAUUUUAUUGCUUUUAAGGGGUUUAUGUCUAUAAUAAUGAGCACACUUAGGAUAUCCGUUAAUUAUGUGUUUUACUGCAGCACAUUCUUACAUUUUAGAGCAAAGUGGAAUCUUAAAAUCUGCAUUAGACAGUUCACAUUGAAUGAGAAUAUCAAAUGGCUAGCAAUAUGAUUAUACAUCAGGAAUUCAGUUCGUGAACAGAUGAGAGUGAACCAUUUGAAGCUGCAGUCUGCUACACAUUGAGUUAUAAGAGAUUAAAAAUAAUGCAAGUGUGUGUAGAAGUAGACUUAUACAAUUUGUGUCUUGACAUACAAUCCACUAUUUGCUCUUGUAAUAUUUUUGAAAGUGGUGUUAAUUUACAAAUGAAUAGUGUCUACCCCCUUCGUGCUGGUAAAUGGUUAGUGUGCACAGCACUAGCCAAGAUUUAAAUUCAUACAGCGUUUUUAUAUUUACAUAGUGGAACAAAAGAAAUCUUUGUGCGUAUAUGUACAAAUAAACAUAUGGUUGAAUACAUAUGAAGAGUAAAAUAAGUAGCAUUGCCCACUAGCCCUGAACUCAUAAUUCCAGGACACUUACAUCAGUUUUGUCAAAAGGGCUAAUAGGGAAGUCUCAUUUCUGUAUUACAUGGUCUUCUGGGGAGGUUUGUAUCAUGUACUUGUGCAUCAAUGGUGUUGGAAAGAGGUUACCAGGAUUUCAGGGAGAAGGCUAACAUCAAUGAAUGCAUUUUAUAAAGAUAAAUAUACUUAUUCAGUUUGAAA